UGUGGUUUUUGUUUGACAUGAUGACAUGUGUCGUCUGUCAUAAAAAUAUAAUCCAAUAUUUUAUUUGAGUCUUGAGAAACAACAAUAUUUGGAUAUAUUCUUCAAAUUUCGAUCAGCUAAUGUUUUCAGUACUAUAAUAUAUGGUUACAAAAAUCAGAACUAUGAAGAAUUGAAAGUAAAACGUCACAAUGAUUAUUCAGGAACCAGUGCAAGCGUCAAUUUGGCAUUGUUUGAACAAUUAUGACUACAAGGAUGCUAUUUUUCUAGCUGAAAGACUUCACGCAGAAAUAGAUAACAAUGAAACCUUAUAUCUCUUAGCUACAAGCUACUACAGGAAUGGUGAGAAGGAUAAAACGUUUUACACGCUAAAAAGCAAAUCGAAUCUCUCAUCCCAGUGCAGAUAUUUACUUGGAUUGUGUGCUUUUGAUCUUGAGAAGUAUGCUGAGGCAGAGGCUGUACUAAAGGACAAUAUUAAAGGUACAAACUUGAACGACUUGACAGCUGAAUAUGGAGAUCAAGCAUCAUUUGUGCAUCUAUUACUUGGAAAAAUAGCUAAUAAAACUGAGAGAAAAAAUAACGCUAUAGAAUCAUGGUGUAAAGCAUUAGAAGUCAAUCCUUUUUUAUGGUCAAGUUUUGAGGAAUUAUGUAAGUUAGGUCAUAACCCAAACCCACAGAAAGUUUUCCAACUAGAAAACUUGCCAAAUUUAUCUAUGUGCCAUGGACAUAACUUGAAUAAUAUAGAGAGUGCUAUCAUAAAUGAAAAUUUAUUGGACAAACAGGAUGAAACUCCACAGGAAGUUAUAGGGUAUAUUAUCAAAACACCCCAACAAUUAUUCAAUAAAUUCAACAUGAUGAAUUCAAAUUCACUCACAACACCAGAGGAGAGUAGUCCCUUAUCAAACCCACUUGGUAUAUCGGGUUUUGCCCCCAUUUUGCCAACCACAAAGCAUAAAGGGAGCCGAUUCAAACGAGAAAACUCCAGUCCGAUGAGUCCGAGUUUUGGAUUCCUCAUGGAUUCUAGUCCAGAAUCUAACACCCCUAAACUUUCCUCUCACCUAAUGUUAAUGGAAGCAAACACUUAUAAUCAAUCUUUUCCAAAGAGACUAAAAUCGCAGGACAAUCUGAUAGCUAGGAAGGAAUCUAUUCUGCAGAAUUCAAAACAGUGCAUCUCUGUCACCAACACAAAGACCCCGACAAUGCAAACUUACCAAAAUGUACGAAGGAGCUCGAGGCUUUUCACUAACAGUUACUCAGUUAAGGAGAAUAACACAUCCCCAAAUCAGAACAAAUUUGUGACACCGAAAUCACCAACAAAAAAAACCAAACAGAGGAUACCGAAAUUCAACAUGAACAAGAAUAAUUUUCAUGAGAUUAACACAAGGAAUUUGAAUAAGACUGACAAAAAAGAGAAAAGUGAGACAAUUACUUCAGAAAGUAAAAACGAUGUGUCUCAAAGAUCCAAGCAAACUAUCGAAGAGCCCCAUGAAAAUAAGACUGAACAGUGCACGCAAAAAGGUACACUAAUACAGAAACAGAGUGCGGAAGGUUUAAUGUUACUCUUGAGAACUAUCGGGAAAGCAUUCUCUGAACUGAAACUGUUUCAAAGUAGGGAAGCGAUCGAGACUUUUUCUUCACUGCCGAAUAAUCAAUUGAACACGAUUUGGGUGCAGUGUCAGCUAGGUGUUGCUCAUUUUGAACUUUCAGAAUAUGAGGAAGCAAUCAAAUAUUUCAGUAAGGUACAUAUAAAGCAUCCUUACCAGCUGGAAUUCAUGGAUAUUUACUCCACAUCACUAUGGCAUUUGCAGAAAGAAGCGCAUCUAUCUGCUUUGGCGCAAGAUCUGAUUCGUACAGAGCAGUAUUCACCUAUAACAUGGUGUGCAGCUGGUAAUUGCAUGUCAUUGCAUAAAGAACAUGAUUCUGCUAUUAAAUUUUUCCAAAGGGCAGUGCAGUGUGAUCCUAACUACUUCUAUGCUCACACAUUGCUUGGCCAUGAGUAUAUAACUACGGAAGAGCUUGAUAAGGCUAUGAGCUGUUUCAGGAAUUCUGUGAGAUUAAAUCCUAGACAUUAUAACGCUUGGUUUGGUAUGGGAACCAUUUACUCUAAACAAGAACGGUUUAACCUAGCUGAAAUGAAUUUUGCUAAAGCCCUACAAAUAAACCCUACAAGUUCGAUCAUUCUUUGCCAUUUGGGUAUAAUACAACAUGCAAUGAAGAACAAUGAGAAAGCCUUAAGUACAUUCGACCUAGCCAUACACAACGACCCAAAGAGCCCUUUGUGCAGGUUCCACCGUGGAUCAGUAUACUUUGCAAUGGGCAGACAUGCAGAAGCCCUAAAGGAACUCGAAGAGUUGCAACAGAUGGUACCCAAGGAAUCAAUGGUUUAUUACCUAAUUGGGAAAAUUCAUAAGAAAUUAGGAAAUACCGAUCUUGCCUUGAUGUAUUUCAGCUGGGCAACUGAUCUAGACCCUAAGGGUGCCUUUAACCAAAUGAAAGCUGCCUUUGAUCCGCCAAUAGGAGGUAGAAGUGAUCCAGGAGAUUCGAGCAAUUCACCCAACGUCUAUCAAUCUGAAAGUCCUUUUGCUCCACAAGGGGAGCGACCUAGCUUUGUUAGUCUCCUUGAGGAAGAUAGUGAAGAUAGUUUUUGAGUAUAUGAUUUCAUUGAUAACCUUGUGGGAUGAUAGCAUGCUUGUACAUACAAUCAAAAUAUUUCUUUUUUAUUCUAUAUAUAUAUAUAGACAAUGAAUUCUAUUGAAUAAGUGAUCAAAAUUAUUUAGAUGUUUUUUUUUAUUGUUUGCGGUGUAGUUAUGUUAAUUAAACUAUGACUAAAAGUAGGUGUUUUAUCCAAGUGCAAAUUUACAACACAAUAUAAAUAUAUAUCCAAUUGAUUAAACAGAUUAUGUACAGUUCUGUCAUGAGUCUACCUCAUAAAAAGAUUUAGUAUUUUUUUCGAAUAAUCUCUAGUUUAAAUGUAUUUUUAAUUUAUUUUAUCUUACAGUUUGGGCCAGUGAUGUUUGUAUUCGAUAUUUUGACUUGGCAUUGGACUGGUAUUGAUAACAAAUCUACCCAUAUUUCUUCUAAAAUAUAAUCAAAAACUAAGUUCCACUAUAUUAUUCAUAUCAUUUUUUUAUUGAAUUGCCAAAUUUCGUUUGUUUAAUGUUUCAAUAUUGUAUGAAUGUUUUAUCAAUAUAUUCGUGAUUUUCGCAAAGCAA